AUGGCUUAUGAUUUAGCUAUUCCUCUUCAUUCGCAUGCUUCGUCUGUUACUGUGUUCAAUGGAUUGAACUUCUCUGAAUGGCAUGAACAAGUCCAGUUCCACUUAAGUGUAAUGGAUCUUGACUUGGCUCUGCUGAAUGAUAAGCUCACUGCCAUUACUGAUGCAAGCAGUUCAGAUGAGAAGUCUUUCCAUAAAGCAUGGGAACGCUCUAACAGUCUGAGCCUUAUGUUUAUGCGAAUGAGUAUUGCCAACAACAUUAAGAGUACUAUUCCACAAACAGAAAGUGCCAGGGAAUACCUGAAAUUUGUGGAAGAACGUUUUCGUUCUGCAGUUAAGUCUCUCGCUGGUACACUAAUGGCUGAACUCACGACCAUGAAGUUUGAUGGGUCGCCUAGUAUGCAAAAUCAUAUCAUCGAGAUGACUAAAUAUUGCAGCAAAACUUCAGACCUUGGGGAUGAAAGUUGA